AUCGAUUCCUGAAUAAUUUUGAUUUUGAAUGAAAAAGGAGUUGUUAGUUGUUACUUUACUUCCUCAGCAGCACUAGACGGAGAACGUGAAGAAGAUCUACGCCGGCGGCGAUGGAGGCGGUGGCGGCGGGACUCUGGACUCUGGCGGAGCACCACGAGAACACCGGCGAAAUCGCCAAAGCAAUCAAAUGCCUCGAAGCCAUUUGUCAAACCGAAGUCUCCUUUCCCCCUAUCGUCGAGGUCAAGACUCGUCUUCGCAUCGCCACUCUCCUCCUCCACUAUUCUCACAACGUCAACCACGCCAAAGCACACCUCGAACGUUCCCAAUUGCUUUUGAAAUCGAUUCCUUCAUGCUUUGAAUUGAAGUGCCGAGCGUUCAGUUUGCUCAGCCAGUGCUACCAGCUUGUUGGCGCGAUUCCGCCGCAGAAGCAAGUGCUGCACAAGGGUCUUGAGCUCACAGCUUCUGUUGGAUACGAGAUUUCAAUGAAGUUAUGGUCUUGCAACUUCAAUUCACAGCUUGCAAAUGCUUUGUCUAUUGAAGGAGACUACCGAGGUUCACUCUCUGCCUUAGAGUGUGGAUAUGCCUGUGCUACUGAAGUAUACUACCCGGAAUUGCAGAUGUUUUUUGCCACUUCAAUACUGCAUGUCCACCUCAUGCAAUGGGACGAUGAUAGUUUGGUUGAGCAGGCUGUUAAUAAAUGCAAUGAGAUUUGGGAGUCAAUUGAGCCAGAUAAAAGAAGACAAUGCCCUGGCUUACUCUUUUACAAUGAAUUGUUGCACAUAUUCUAUCGACUGCGGCUAUGUGAUUACAAGAAUGCUGCACCCCAUGUAGACAAUCUGGAUGCUGCCAUGAAGACUAGUAUGCAGCAAACACAACAAAUGCAAGAGCUAGUGAAGGAGCUCAAUGCUUUAGAUCAAAGUCUCUCCAGAUCUGACCUUUACCACAGGGAUAGGGCAGCACUAUCUAAAAAGCAAGCAAUGAUUCAAGAGCAGCUGAGAAACAUGACUGGAUUGAGUCCAAUUGGUCGGGAAUCUCUGGAACCAGUAUACUUUGGGAAUGCCAGAAGGUCAAUAGGAGAUAAGCUUCAGUUAGCACCUCCUCCUAUUGAUGGUGAAUGGCUUCUUAAAAGCGCUGUCUAUGCAUUAGUUGAUCUAAUAGUUGUUAUAUUUGGGCGCCCAAAAGGACUUUUCAAGGAGUGUGGAAAGCGCAUAAAGUCUGGGAUGCGUAUAAUUCAAGAUGAGUUAGUAAAGCUUGGAAUUACUGAUGGCGUCAGAGAAGUGGACUUACAACACUCCUCUAUCUGGAUGGCUGGAGUUUACUUGAUGCUACUAAUACAGUUUCUUGAAAACAAAGUGGCCAUAGAGCUCACAAGAGCAGAGUUUGUUGAAGCACAAGAGGCUUUGAUACAGAUGAGAAAUUGGUUCAUGCGGUUUCCAACUAUAUUACAGGCAUGUGAAUGCAUCAUUGAGAUGCUUAGAGGCCAAUAUGCUCAUGCUGUUGGCUGUUAUAAUGAAGCUGCUUUUCAUUAUAUUCAAGCAGUAAAGCUUACAGAGAGUAAAUCAAUGCAAACUAUGUGCCAUGUUUAUGCAGCUGUUUCAUAUAUCUGCAUUGGUGAUGCUGAAUCUUCUUCACAGGCACUUGAUUUGAUUGGGCCAGUUUAUGGAGUAAUGGAUUCUUUUGUGGGAGUUAGAGAAAAAACAGGUGUUCUUUUUGCAUAUGGUCUUUUAUUGAUGAAGCAACAGGAUCUACAAGAAUCAAGAAAUCGCCUGGCAAGGGGAUUGCAACUGACACAUACUUAUUUGGGGAACCUUCAACUUGUUUCUCAAUAUCUGACAGUCCUUGGCAGUUUGGCACUUGCGCUGCAGGACACAGCACAGGCGAGGGAGAUAUUGAAAUCAUCUUUGACCUUGGCAAAAAAGCUUUAUGAUAUUCCUACUCAGAUCUGGGUGCUGUCUGUUUUGACAGGUUUAUAUAAAGAUUUAGGGGAAAGGGGAAACGAAAUGGAGAAUGCUGAGUACCAGACAAGAAAAACGAUUGAUUUGCAGAGGAGAAUAGCAGAUGCAAAUGCUUCCAUCUAUCAUCUUGAAAUAAUUAACAAAGUAAGAUUUGAAGUUGACCCAUUGCAUGAGUUGGACGCCAAGCGUGCAAUGGCAGGCCCAACCAUGGGAGUCAGUCUUGACAUCCCAGAAUCUAUUGGUCUGUCAGCACCCUUACCUGCUCCAUCGUCUUCAAGACUAGUUGAUAUAGACACUGGAAAACUUAGAAAAUGGAGAUCUUAGUAUUUUUCUCAUGAAGGUGAACCUAGGAAUUUAGGGGUUUUCUCAUGCAGGUAAACCCAGUAUAUUAUUUUGAAUUAAUUACAGGGAUUGCUCUAAGGUCCAAGCGGGUUGAAGAGGUUGACUGAGUGAUUGGCUUCCAUCUCUCCACUUGUAAGCAAGGCUGUCUACCAUGUGCAUUCCUGUUAAAGAUUAUGUAUAGUUAGUUAUGAUGUUAGUGUUACUCAUUAGUUAUAUGAUAAAAUAGAUGGUAGUGCUCACCUAUUAACACUAGAAUAGGGUUUUUUUGUAUUAAAGGGUCAUGUGAAGAAUAGGUUUUAUAAGGCAGUUCAGUUAGGAUUUCUUGUGUUUGAUUUAGCUGUUUAUAGCCUUUGUUUUAAAUUCCCAGAAGUCAAUUUGCUGUCUUAUUUAAAGGUGUCAAAGUUUUAGUGAAAUACAAUUUGGUGUAUACCAUGUUUGUCCUCAUGACAAAAAUAUGUAUUUUAUCUUUGACCUGUA